CAGCAGGAGUCAGUAUAGGGUAAGGAACAACAAAACAACACAGUACGAAGAAGAAAAUCCUCGCGGCAUAAACAUUUAACCUUCAAAGAGAGGCUGUUACAAAUUACCGCGUUUGCUUCUGAAAUCGUCGAUAAGGUAAUAAUAAUACUAAUAACAUGAGUGAAGAUGACCGUCCUCCUUCGACACUCAAAGACAAAGACUCCACUCUCCUGCUUACUAAAGACGGACAGCGCUACUACGUGAGUAAGAGCGGCGCGGUGGACAGUAGAAAUGUAAUAACGCCGCACGAAGCGGACAACAACGUCUCCUAUGACAUGGACGACGCGGACGAGGAAAGCGACGUGUUGGACACAUCAGACCCCAGAGACAGCGCUGCCAGUCCAGAGGAGCCCAACGACGAGGAAACGUCAGAGGGAGACAAUGCCCCGAAACAGUGCACGUAUGUGGGGUGCAACGAGACCACCACCCAGGUGGCCAAGCAGAGGAAGCCGUGGAUGUGCAAGAAACACCGCAACAAGAUGUACAAGGAUAAGUACAAGAAGAAGAAAAGCAACCAGGCCAUGUCCAGUGGAAAAUUAGACGUAAGAUUGAAUCUUUCCUAA